AUGGACCUCGAAGACUGGGAUGAAAACGAGUACGACGAAGAUUAUGACCCAGAACAAGACGAAAUGGAUGAAGACGAUGACGAUAUGCAGUUGGACGCGGAAGAUAUGCUGGAGCAGGCAGCAGACGAGGCCGAAAACGAGGUUGUAAUCAGCUUGGACGAGCUCCUGAAUAAUACAGGCGAUGGAGCAGGCGGGAGACGUACUCUUGCGAUCCUCGCGGCACUCCUGAACCAGACACGACGAUCUGCAGCUGCGGCCGACGACGAUGACAGCGACGACGGUGGAGGCUGGUUCAGGCGGCGUGGUGUUCGCCAUCACCAGUAUUCUGCCGCCUCUGAGCCUCAACCCGAAGGUGUUAGGCUUCAGCAGACGGGCGAUUUUGGCGACCCGGCGGCCAAUCUUACCAAGCAGCCACUCCAGUCCAAACUACGCGCCCUUAGGCGGUCUAUCGUAAAACCUGAACGUGGAGACUUAUUCAAGGACAUUGUACCGAAUACAAUUGGUACCGUGGUAGCUCGAUAUGGAGCCAAUGUGUACGCUGGACAGUUCUCCACUGAUUCCUCGUUUUAUUAUACAUGCGUACAAGACUUUCGACUUCACAUCUAUGACACAAAGGCUCCAAUGCUACAGCAGGCACACUCUGACCAGGAUCACGUGUCAACCAUGAAGCAUAUCAAGAGCGUCCAUGCCGUCCCCGGUGGAUGGACGAUUACAGACUCGCACCUCAGUCCAGACAAUCGUCUACUUGCCUACGCAAUCAUGUCACCAAAGGUUUUCCUAGCAUCCACUACACCGGACGGGGAUGCGGAGCAACGCUCGAUCAACUUUGGCCAAAGUCGGAGUGACUAUGAUUGGCAUGAUAGAUAUGGAAUCUGGUCUUGUCGGUUCUCAGCAGAUGGAAAUGAAAUUGUCGCAGGCGGGAGCGGCAAACUCAUGGUCUAUGACCUUGCGGCUGAUAGGCGCUCGGUAAAGAUCGAAGCUCAUCGUGCGGAUGUCAAUUCUUGCUGUUGGGCAGAUAGUGGGGGCAAUGUACUCAUCAGCGCAUCCGAUGACAGCUUUGUCAAAGUCUGGGACCGACGGUCGUUGGGUAUGACCCACAAACCGGCUGGCGUAUUGAUUGGACAUACGGAGGGAAUCACCUACGUUGCGCCAAAAGGAGAUGGUCGAUACGUGAUUUCAAACGGCAAGGAUCAAACUCUCAAGCUCUGGGAUCUGAGAAAGAUGUCGUCCUUUACCUCGUUCCUCGAGGUCCGUAAGCAGGACUAUGGUAUCCCAGAUUUUGACUACCGCGCACAAGCAUAUCCAAAGCCGAAGUAUGACCACCAUCCUCAAGACUGUUCGGUUAUGAGCUACCGAGGCCACAGUGUUCUGAGGACAUUGAUCCGAUGCAACUUUAGUCCUGCGGAAACUACGGGAAGCCGGUAUAUCCUUUCUGGAUCUGCAGACGGUAUGGUCCACAUUUGGUCGCUCGAUGGAACGCUCGUCCAGAGGAUGGACCGGAGCGACGUCAACGAGAUGGGCUACGAUCCCUCGGGUACAGAGUACAGCCCAUCGAAUAUGGUCAAGCAACGAGGAGAGUACAGAGCGACGCAGCUCGUAGUACGCGACGUCGCGUGGCACUCGCAAGAACCGGUAGUCAUGAGCUGCAGUUGGGCCACCCAAGAAAGACCAUACAGCGAGGUUGCCAAGCACGAAUGGAAAGGCUUGAACAAGCUUGGAGGUAGACUUGAAGACUUUAUCGAGCGCGAGCGGCAAGAAGCGCGAGAACGACCGAUACCAGCCCCGCCAAGGGGUGGCAGUCGUUGGUAUUGA